AUGCGACAGAGCCCAGGGCCACAUCGUGCGUGCGUGGCAGCAGAAGUCCUGCGCGGAUUCCAAACGGCGUGCAGUGGAAUACGCUCUGGGAGACCUCGCUACCAGAGCCCCUUUGAUAUAACGGGACGCAUAGGAGCCGUCGCCUACCGCCUUGCCUUACCGCCUACCUAUGAGUGUCACAACGUCUUCCAUGUGCCACAACACGUUCGUCACCGUCCCCACGACCCUGAUCUGGUUCCCCAGGAAGCGACCGUGGGGUGGCCCCGUACGCGUAACGUUGCUGGCAACCUGACCGACCAGUACCUUGUAAACUAUAUCCUUGAUCAGAGAGGCUCUGGCGAUGACACCUACUACCUCUUCAAGUGGAGUGGUGCCCCCGAAGACUGCGCUGCAUGGGAAUCAGCCCAGUUCCUUGUCAGAUGCCCCGCCUUGGUACGCGCCUGGCGACGCCGCCAGCAUCGCAAAGCACGUGCUCAGCCGUGUCCUCUACCGCCCACCACCCCCAUCUCCCUUAACACUCUUCCGUAG